UAGUGUAAUGUUGUCGGAGGAGAAGGCCCUACUCCAGUAUCACCCGGCUGUCAUGCACUAGGGGGGGAGCCUAAGAGCAGAGGGGUCUGUGGUAGUAGUGAAGCUUGGAGAGAGAGAAAGUCCCAGCAUCUUAUCUCUAACCCUGACCUACCCCUUACCGCAGCCUGACCCUGACCUACCCCUUACCGCAGCCUGACCCUGACCUACCCCUAACCGCAGCCUGACCUAGCCCUAACCGCAGCCUACCCCUAACCGCAGCCUGGCCCUGACCUACCCCUAACCGCAGCCUGGCCCUGACCUACCCCUAACCGCAGCCUGGCCCUGACCUACCCCUAACCGCAGCCUGGCCCUGACCUACCCCUAACCGCAGCCUGACCCUGACCUACCCCUAACCGCAGCCUGACCCUGACCUACCCCUAACCGCAGCCUGGCCCUGACCUACCCCUAACCGCAGCCUGGCCCUGACCUACUUCUAACUGCACCCUAACCCUGACCUACCCCCUAACCCCAGCCUGGCCCUGACCUAACCCCAGCCUGGCCCUGACCUACCCCUAACUGCACCCUAAUCCUGACCUAACCCUGACCUAUCCCUAACCGCAGCCUGGCCCUGACCUAUCCCUAACCUCAGCCUAACCCUGACCUACCCCUAACCGCAGCCUGGCCCUGACCUACCCCUAACCGCAGCCUAACCCUGACUUUUACCCCUAACCCCAGCCUAACCCUGACUUUUACCCCUAACCCCAGCCUAACCCUGACUUUUACCCCUAACCGCAGCCUAACCCUGACUUUUACCCCUAACCGCAGCCUAACCCUGACUUUUACCCCUAACCGCAGCCUGACCCUGACCUACCCCUAACCGCAGCCUGACCUACCCCUAACCGCAGCCUGACCUACCCCUAACCGCAGCCUGACCCUGACCUACCCCUAACCGCAGCCUGACCCACCCCUAACCGCACCCUGACCCUGACCUACCCCUAACUAAGACCCUUUAUAUAUUUGAAAGUUUCUAUCAUGUCUCCCCUUUCCCUUCUCUCCUCCAAACUAUACAUGUUAAGAUCUUUUAGCCUUUCCGGGUGCCGCCCCUGCACAUGACUGGAAUGAUGUCAUUAGUCGCCUAUGAUGAUUCGGAUGCAGAGGAUGGGGAGAAGCCUAGCACAUCUCGCACUGCUGCGCCCCCAGGAUCGCCCCCUGUACAGAGCGACUUGUACCCGUGCCCUGCUGCUACCGCUAGGGUGACAGGGUCACCGUCUUUUAUCACAGACAUAAAUGUAAUGGACCGUAAGAGAAAAUCUGUGCAUAAUAAUAACUGUAUUCCGGAUAUAUCCCUAAGUAACUCUGACAAGUGUGUCCUCCAGCCGGCACACAAGAGACCUCCCGGCGGUGACAGUCUGCUGAAACCUUAUAUUUCUAAAAGACUCCGGCAGGAACAAUCCAAUACGGCCAAAGAGGUUGAAGGUCACGUAUCAGGGAGGUCACAUGACCACACAAGGCACCUGGCAUGGAACAUCUACAGAGUCUCUGAAUAUCUCAGCCCACACUUACAGCUAAAAUAUACCAGCACUGAGAUUCCCAGGAAGGCGGUGUUCCAGAUGUGCCAACACGGAGGAGCCGUCAACAGGGUGCAGUGGUGUCCUGCAAACCGGUACAGCCACCUGCUUCUCUCCGCUUCCAUGGAUGCAACCUUUAAGAUUUGGGAUGCAGUGGAUUCUGGGAAAUGUCUGCGCACUUUCUCUUGCCAUGAAGCAGCAGUACGCGAUGCACAGUGGUCUGUCUGUGGCCAGAAGAUUCUCACUGGUGGCUUUGACUCCAUUCUGCACUUAACGGAUGUUGAAUCAGGAAAUCACCUGUUCAGUGUGAAGAAUGAAUGCAGGAUCAGCCACGUCCGCUUCAAUCCAAGUGACCCCAAUCUUUUUAUAUGUGGGGGGUUUUCUCCGGUGAUUACAGCUUGGGAUAUACGGACAGAUAAGGUGAUACACCUGUAUAAAGCAGCGGUGCAGCAGCACUUUGAUGUCCUCUUCCUCCCCGGGGGCAAAGAGUUUCUCAGCACUACGGAUUCAGUGAGUCGUGAUUCUGCCGACCGCACCAUUAUCGCAUGGGAUUUUGCCUCCGCAGCCAAGAUAUCCAAUCAGAUUUUCCAUGAACGAUACACGUGCCCGAGCCUCGCCCUGCACCCAAGGGACCAUGUAUUUGCUGCUCAGACCAAUGGGAAUUACAUUGCUAUAUUCUCUACCCAGCGACCUUACACAAUGAAUAAGAAGAGGCGAUUUGAAGGACACAAGGUGGAAGGAUUUUCGGUGGGCUGUGAAUUCUCCCCAGAUGGAUCUCUCAUUGUAACAGGAAGCUCAGAAGGGACCAUUUACUUCUACAGCUACCAUUCAUCAAAGAUCAUCCGCUCUCUUCCCGGCGAUGGGAGUGCGUGCGUCAGCGUCACUUACCAUCCGGUUCUGCCAUCACUGCUGGCGGCAUCUUAUUGGGACGGGCAGAUCCGGAUCUGGCAAUGAUUGCUUCUGUCUAGCUUUGCCGCAGGUGACCCUGUAGUGUUGUGAGAGAGAGAGAGGCUGUGGCUGUAUAGGAACCCAUAGCCUGGAAAUGCCUCUAAGGAUCCUGGCUAAACCCAGUCAGCGUGAUGCAACAUGGCCGCUGAUUUCCCACUUUGGAGAGCGCAGAGUUUCUAUCACCCAUUGCAGAAGCUGCUGAAUGCUAUAUAUACUCUGUGGCUCGGAUUUACUAUAUCUCUGCGCUGAGGAGAACGGCUGCGAGACUUCAUAUAUAAAAGCUUGUGCAGGAGCCGGCAUUGCUGAGUGUACAAAGUCCCUCCAUUUUCUAUGCGUACAUAUAUGUUGCCCAGUGGCGAUUAGACAUUAUGGAGUGAAAUCCCAGUCAGACGACGGGAAUGGGGGAGUAAUGCCGACGUGACGCUCCUUACCUUGAUAUUGUUCUGCAGCUUUACACAUUUACAAUAAUUCAUAUUAAAGGUAAAAUCUGCGCACUUAGACCAUUGUACUGUCACAGGGCUUCCCAUCUGUCAGGUAGAUUGUAGGGGUUUGUAUGUAUCGGUAAAAUGGACCCCACAAGCUAAGUUACCGACUAUAAUAUAAAACCAACAAACCCAAGGCGUUGGCCUAGGAAUGAGUAAUACAGACUGAGAUGAAGUAAGAGGCCGCCAACCAAUAACUACACACGACAGAAUAACAGCGCUGCAUUCAGAAAUACAUUAACGCAUGAAUAAUGGGGGUCAUUCCAACCUGAUCGCACGCUAGGUUUUUUUCACUGCAGUGCGAUCAUGUCAAAACUCGGCAAAACUGCGCAUGCACCGCAAUGCGCAGGCGCGUUGUAGGGGUACAAAGAGGAUCAUUGCUGAGCGAUGGAUUUAACGAAGAAUCCAUUCGCACAGUCGAUCGCAAGGAGAUUGACAGGAGGAGGGCAUUUGUGGGUGUCAACUGACCGUUUUCUAGGAGUGUUUGGAAAAAACGCAGGCGUGUCCAAGCCUAAGUAAGUGGUACAGAGUUACAUAAGAAAUAGUUACAGACACAUAAGAAAAUAGAUACAGCCAGUAUACAUCACCCUUAGCUCAGAGGACAAUCAUCACCAUUUAGAAUCCGCAACACUGAGCUUCCUGGGUAAGGGAAAGUACUUAUAUACUGUGUAUUGGAGAAGGCACACAUCUGGGGCUGGGUCUUCUGCUAUUGGUCCAGGAGAGGGAGGUUUCUCAUUCAUUGUGUGUUAUUGGUCAAUUCGAACACUGGGCGAUACCUAAUCUUGUGAUGUUAUUACAGUUGUUUACCUUCUGGGCUCCCACCUAAAGGCCAGUUCAAACCGACCACAGUAUCAUUCAGGAAUAUACAUGAAUCCGGUAUCGCUAAAAACUUGUUGCCGCAAUAUGUGACAAUAUCCUCGCAACCACCGAAUUAUUACUUAUGUGACCCUGAAUAAUUUGAUCCCACACACGGUGUCUUUACAUGGUGUCAUGGUGUCCUUGAUAUUUAAUGGAACAAUACAUAUACAGAUGGGUCCACAUUUAUCUUGACCUUUAAUAGGAUUAAUUGAGACUGGCCAAUCGGACUUAAUCCCCUGCUGUAAUGACUUAAUCCCCUGCUGUAAUGACUUAAUCCCCUGAUGUAUUGUUCUCUGUAUUGUAUUGCAAUUGAGAACAAUAGAUGAAGGGUUUAUGCUAAUAAGUCAUGUUGUGACUAGGCACAGAAAACUACUCAAGAUAACGGUGGAUACAUCUGUACAUAAUACAUAUGACAUAUCACUAUUAGUAUAACUUCAUGGUCACCUGGAAUCUGCAUGCCCUUAUGCCAGAAGUUCUCAAACUCGGUCCUCAGGACCCCACACAGUGCAUGUUUUGCAGGUAAUACAGCAGGUGCACAGGUGUAUUAAUUACUCACUGACACAUUUUUAAAGGUCCACAUGUGGAGCUCAUUAUUUCAAUUGUUAUUCUGUGAGGAGACCUGCAAAACAUGCACUGUGUGGGGUCCUGAGGACCGAGUUUGAGAACCUGUGCCUUAUGCUAUUGUAUAGUAUCUGACUUCUUGUUUGUUAGAGACAAUGACAACAAUUGAGGUAAACAAUGGUAUUUACACAUUCAAUCAAUCAAAGGUCCAUCUUCCAUGGACACAAUGCCUGCCUGAACAAGACAAUCUGAUAUGUUUAAGACACUGUUUGAUUUGUAUUCCUGGAUGUUCCACAUUUGAGUGUCUGUAAGAAAUAUUUGCCAUUUUGAGUACAAUAUGAUAUUUAUUAACAAAUGCAUCCUCUGAUAGCAUGCGCAUCGUAGAUGCAUCCAUUAAUAAAUGCCAUAGCGCAGCCCAAA